AUGCCCGGUGCAGUAGCUAAAGGUGCGAUCAUUAUAGCCUCCGUUCUGGUUGCUGCCUCUAUCGCCGCCUACGAAAAUCCUCAGAUCCGGGAAUGGUUCGAACGUUCGUCUCAGAAGGUAGCACUCGCCUUCAGAUCAUUGGGAGAUGACAUCCAAGAACAGAGGAAAAGAAGGCGGUCGAACAAACAGGACUCUUCGAUGCACGAAGACAUGGACGAGAAGGCUGAGGAACGAAGACGGCAGGCCCGGCAGGAGAUCAUGGAUAGAGGCAGGAGAUUGCAGGCCAAGCGAGAGGGAAGGCGGUCAUCCAUGGACAAGACGAGGACGCCCAGUUUCGACUCGAUUGUGGAUGAUGACGGCAAGUUGAGACCUCACGUUGCUGAGGCUGAGCAGAACCCAUGGGCAGCCUCUACUGCUGUUGAGCAGAAUGAUAGUCAAGGGCUACGCUCUCGCACUGAACAUCCUCGCAUGCACGACAGUGUCGAUUCUCCAAUCCUGUUAAGACAACUCGAUCCGGAUCACCGACCAAUGCCAGUCGUGUCAGCCAUUGAACCUUGGGAGAGUCAAUACGAGCAAGAGAUGCGUAAUGCUUGGAACAUCGACCUGACAUCUAGGUCGGCAGGCGUGGAAAUUGCAAACAGUCAUGCUUCAGAGAGCUUGAUUGACCUCACUCCCACAACGGAAGAAUUCCCUGAUCCCGACUAUUCGAUACCAUCCCUAACGGACACACCAUAUCCUCUAUCGAGGUCGGAAUAUUUCUCGGUCGCUAAUAGCCAGGCGUUGCAAGAGGACGAGGGUUUGAACGGUGAUCACGUUGUCUUGCGGCGGCCGCUAACCUCGCUCGACCCACGGCCGUUCACGCCGCCUCAAAACCUAUCAGCUAUGCCAUCAUACCACACUAGUCUAGCAGGUAGCACUUCGCAUAUUGGCCACCGCGAAGCUGAGGUUACAGAGGAUGACAUGAGUGAUGAAGAGUAUGGUGAUGGCAUCAGGACACCAGCAAGUGCCUGGACAGAAGUUGGGAGCUCAGUCAGUGGUGAUGAACGCCCUUGA